AUCAUUUCUCUAGGAGCUAGCUGCCGUGCUAAACUAGCCAAAUAACAACUACAUGGAUACACUAACAGGUCCUCAACUUUGAAAAGAUAGCAACUGAUAAUAAUUACAGAGAUAGUACUACGCAGUUUUUUAUUUACUAAAAACGUGGCAUUACAAGCUUCAACUCACAGUUCAAAGACUGUCUGCUUUCAUGCUGUCUAGCAUCUUAUGAAGCUAAUGCUAAUUCAACAGCUUUGACCGGCAUAGAUCAACAAUGUCUAGAAACAAUACAGGUGAAGAUGAGGUGAACAAUAGCAUCACAUGAUGAGCAGUGACUCCGAAGUAUCAGGAGGCCGAGGUGGGAUCAGCUCUCCACCAAUCAGAGCGUCAGUGUCCCUCCUGAUACUGGACAACAGCUCCAUCUGUUUUAUCUUCAGCUCACCUCCACCUGAAGACACCUCCACCUUACUGAGGCAGGGAGCUCACAUUCACACGCAGUCUUUCACCCCACGAGGCGUGAUCCUCCUGGAGAUGGCUCACCUGCCUCUCAGACGCCAUGGCAACUUCCCCAAGAGGCGGGCCACUCUGUUGCCCCGUGUAACGAAGAGCAGAGCAAACCUGGAGGACGGUUCAUCUGAGACCGGAUCUGCAGAGAAGCCAUGCCACAAAGCACAACACGUAACCCAGACACAAGCCGAAAUUAAAGUAGAGGAUCUCGUGAUUGAGGAGAAGUUUUGCAGUUCUGGGAUUUGCAAUGGAAAUACAAGAGCAGUCUCUCCUUCAUGUGUAAAAAUAAAACCUGAGAAAGAUGGUGCCAUUUUAUUGAAGGGAAUAAGGAUUCACCCGGAGGCCCAAAGGAUUCUGGGUAACUCCAGUAUCCCUGUAGUUCUAUUGGAGCGUCUGAACAUCCGGUCCUUGUCCUGUCUGCAGCCUGUGGUCUCUCUGGUGCGACUGCCCUGCCGAACACAAGCAGAGCUCCACAAUAACACGUCCUGUUCGCACCCUCAACAGAAUGGUAUCAGUCAUCACAAGGAAAACAUUUUAGAGAUAAAAGAAGAGUCACCUCAGUCUGACCUCAUCCAAACAGAAACCAAUCCGACCUCCUGGACUGAGCCGUACUGUCCCGACAUCUCGCCCUCCAGAGAACCAGAGGGAGAGUCAGGCUUUGAUUGUGACUCUAACCCCGAUCAGCCGUACAUCCUGUUUGAUUCUGGAUCUGAGGAAUGGGACCUGGAUGAGAAAACAGAAACAUUUUAUCUGGAUCCAGAUCCAGAGCCGACCCUGGUGAUCGAACUGGAUCCAGGAGAACCUGAAGCAGAGCCUGAUCUGGAGAUUGAGGAUGAAGUGGAAAUUAAAUGUGAAGAAGUACAAGUGGACAUCAGUGAAGAUCUUUGUUGCUCCCAGGAGGAAGAGGAAGAGUCGUUGCUGCAGAAACCUGGACCUGCAGAAGUGGAAGAGAUGGAGAGUGAAGAUUUCUGUGGUGUUUGUCUGAACGGAGGAGAGCUGCUGUGUUGCGACCGCUGCCCCAAAGUUUUCCACCUGAUCUGUCACAUUCCUCCCCUCACCUGCUUCCCCCUAGGGGACUGGGUGUGUACGCUGUGCAGAACUGAGCAGGAUCCUGCAGAGAGCUACGCCUGUGAGAAGCAGCCCUCCUGUGGGGGAGUCAAAGCUCCUUACACCCUUUCCCCCCAGGACCAGAGGAGGUGUGAGAAGUUGACUCUGCUGCUGUACUGUCACACACUCAGCGCUCCGUUUCAUGAACCUGUCAGCACGCUGGCCAGAAACUACUACCAGAUCAUCCGGAGGCCCAUCGACCUGUCGCUGAUCCGGAGGAAACUGGACAAGAGCAACACGCUGCACUACUUCAGCGCCGAGCAGUUUGUGGACGACAUGCUGCUGAUGUUCAAGAACUGCUCCAGGUUCAAUUACCCGGACUCAGAGGUGGCUCAGGCCGGUCGCUGUCUUGAAGAGUUUUUCUCAAACCAACUGAAGGAGAUUUUUCCCGACCGGAUGUUCCCGUCGAUCGACCUCCAGCGAGCAGACAUUCUGAGGAUCUGCAGGAGGAGGAAGGAGGACCACAGGAAGAGGAGACAUGUGUUCAGUGGGAAAAAAUACUACCUGUAACUAGAUUAUAUAAUAAAGCGGCCCUAAAGCUUUUUUUAUGAAUGGAGAACAAGGGGAAAAAAGUCACAAUCAUUUGUACUUUUUCAUGAAAAGAGAACAUCAUAUUUUUGCUCUGUUUUCAGAUAUUUUCACAGAAUUUCCUAAGAUAUUUAUACUGUUUAGUGAUUAAGAAAGACAUCCAUGAAAUAUAAUAUGAAAGCCAUUAUGUUUGAUCUUAAAGUGAACCUAUCUUUUAGAGUGAGGUUGUAAACAACAACUUGUACAUUUUUUAAAUUCUUGUACAUUGGGGUUUAUUUUUGUAUUGUUUUAUUAGAUUUAACAACCAUCAAUGUCACAUACAAUGUCAAUAAUAAUACAAUGUAAAUAAAGAGAAACAAAGCCACUAUUGAUGCAGGGAAUAAAUAGUAAACGUACUUUACACAGGUCUCCCAGCAGGGGGCGGGUUUGUAUCUGACUUUGAGUUGGAUUUGAUGAACACAGUCAAGGAUCUGAAAUACGAUUUUAUUAUUCCCUUUCCACUCCCCCUGCUGGUUAAUUUAGAGAUCAUGAGGACAGACAAAAGGUGUUAUUCAAUUGCAUAAACACACAAAAAAAAUAACACAUAGAGUUUGUUUGUGGAGCUCUUUGGAAACAUUUAGCUGUUAUAUCAUCAUACGAGAAAUAAAUCUCCAAUACAGUCUCUUUUAAUCAACUGAAAAGCCUUUAUUCUAAGUCCAGACUUAUUCAGCAUAAAAGCUUUGACCAGGGAGAUAAAAUAUAGAUAAAAUUUCACAUUUCAAAAAAGAAAAACAACCAAACAAAAAGAAUAGGGACAUUUUUGUCUUGUUUUCUCUGGAAUUAGCUAAAAAUAUCUUACAAACGUCAGAUGUUUUUAUAAAACCUGAUUUAGAUAACAGAUGGUGAAUCUCCUGAUGGUCUUCUCCCUUUACUGCUGUCAUUCUCCGAUUGUGGUUUUCACUUUUAAGCUCUAAGCAAAAUAUUAUUUUUGAAAAUGUUGCAGGACCAUUUGUUCUUCCAAGAUUCAGCUCAGCGAAGUAAUUUGUCAAAAAAAAUGC